GGACACCAGUAUUGUUUCUCUUACUGGAACAGUCAUGGGCACGUUAGGGACACCAGUGCUCAUACUGGUGGUCAUGGUCAUGAAAGGAGCACCAGUACUGUGCUCAUACUGGUGAGUGUGACAGGGACACCAGUAUCCCUGCUUAUACUGGUACCACUGGCUUUCUUCUGGCUGGUGUCGCUGCUGCUCUCCUCCCUCAUCUGGUUUAUCGCCGUUAAAGCCAGCGACCCCCGGGAUGAGCCCUUGCAGAAGGGGCUCUUGAUAUUUGGGGUGAUGUUCUCUGUGCUGCUGCAGGAGGCCUUCCGCUUCCUCUACUACAAGCUCCUCAGGAAGGCCAUCGAGGGGCUGGUGGCCCUCAGCGAGGACGGCUGCUCCCCCAUCUCCAUCCAGCAAAUGGCAUAUGUGGCUGGUGUGGGCUUUGGACUCAUGAGUGGCGCCUUCUCCAUGAUCAAUCUCCUGGCAGAUGCGUUAGGGCCCGGCACUGUGGGCAUCCACGGGGAUUCACAGCUCUACUUCCUGACCUCAGCUUUUAUGACCAUGGUGCUGAUUUUCCUUCACACCUUCUGGGGGAUCCUCUUCUUCCACGGCUGUGAGCAUCGGCGCUGGUGGGAGAUCACAGCGGUUGUUGUCAUGCACCUUGCUGUUUCAGGGUCGACAUUUUGCAACCCCCUGUACGUGGGCAGCCUGGUGCCCUCCUAUCUGCUGAUGGCCACUGCUGCUGUCUGGGCUUACCUGCUCUCGGGGGGAUCUGCCCAGAACCUGCGGCGCUUUCUGCUCUGUCUACAGAGCAGAGCCAGCCCCCAGCCAGGAUCCUGAGGCCCCACAGGAUGUUCCUGUCCCCAGCCACCCCUGCCCUCCCCUCUGUCCUGGCAGCAAGAGCAGCCGUUACCUUCUCUGCAAUAUCUUUUCUCCUGGACUAGGGGACCCCGGCCAGUCCCAGCAGGGCAGGCACUGGGUCCCAGCUGUAGCAGCCAGCUGACUGGUGUGGCU